AUGAACGAUCUUGUUCUUGUAGUUCUGUUGUUGUUUGUCCAAUGUUCCCUUCAAGGACUGACUGGCCAUUACCGAGGUAGCUUUUGGAUUUGAAUUGAAUCGCUUUACAGUAAACUGUCACAGAAAACAUUCCGAGAUUCAAGAAUCAUGCAAAUGAACGUUACGAAGUUUUCUUAGGAGAUGAAGUAAGAAAAUUGGGUGAAGCUUUGAAAGUGUGACAAGAUUAUUUAGGUCAGAUUGGAUUGCCUGACCGUGAAUUCAAGAAUACCAGUGGCUGUGGAAUGGUAUCGGAAUGAUAAACUUCUAAAGGACGAGCACGUGGAUAUUGGGAGAAUCACAAAGGAUAACGGCAAAAUGAAUCUCAAUCUGAGACAUAUUGAUGUUUCCGAUCAGGUAAUGAUUAGUUUCUUUGAAUCAGACAAGUACAAAUUGAUAAAUUUAGGGUCUUUGGUCAUGUCGAGUUCACAACUCUUUUGGGCAGAUUACAAGAAACUUUACAGUUGAAGUUAUCGGUGAGUUUUCUUUGUUUUUAGAGUUUUCUCAAUACUGUUUUACUUUGCUGUUUUCUUCCCUCACCGCAUGGCGUGCAUUUCAGACUUUUGUGAUUAUUUCUUGAUUCCUGACAUCUCGCUCCACCGCAUACCGAUGGAAUGUGUUUGUUUGUGGAAGUAUACGAAAGAAGCGAAGCGGAAAGACGUUGACUUCCGAGCCGCAACUGGGGAAAACUGUGGGAAGUAUGCAUCGAGGAUGAUCAGCAGAGCUCGAAAACCCCUGCAAAAACUUCCGUGCUUUGGCGGACAUUGCACCAUGUUCGACUCGACUUCGGCCGUAGAGUUCGGGCAAUUAGAAAGCGACGAUCCGAAAGUGAAGAGAGUGAUUUUGCAGAAGGAUGAUAUGAUUGUGCCCUUGCAUGAGAGUGCGGACUCCUCGAGUUCAAGUAAGUCAUUUCGUUCCAGAUCCACUCAAAUUGUUCGAUUGGCUCACUGAGCACCGGGUUUUCGAUGUUACUCACCUAUUGCCCAAGCUCUUGCCACCAUUGGAAAUGCAAAGAGUGAAAAGUCAACUGCGCGGAUGGGAAAAACUGACAAACGUGCAAAAGAUUGCUCGUGCCAGACAUAUUCUCAGAAUGAGACAGCUCAAUCACGCGCUCGGUAGGGUCUGGAGUUCUCCCAUUUAUUCAAGACACAAAUAGCAUCUCACUUUUUGAAUUUUUCUUGAGAUAUCAUAAAGAUGAAUAUGUUUUAGGAACAGAGUUUAUCAAUGCUGGUGAUGCGGGAAAUGACGACGAAGACGAAGAAGAAGAAUACAACGUGAAGCCAGUGUCACCGGACGCCAGUCUGACCGAACUAAAUGUCACUGUCGAUGAAGCGCCAUACUUCAAAGCGCCGGAAAAUGUCGUUGUGCUCAACGAAACUCAUUUUUUGCCAGCUGGCCGAACUCUGAAGCUGAACUGCCGAUCAUAUGGCUAUCCGGAACCACAGGUACUGGACAUUUCAAGAAGCUCUCAACUUAUUCAAGUCUUGCAGAUUGCCUGGUUCAAAGACAAUGAAAUGAUCAGUCGCCAAAGCGUUAGAAGUGGUGGAUACGAAUACAAAUUCAAAAGGUGGUCCUUAGAAGUUGAAGAUGCGUUGGCUACAGAUUCCGGAGAUUUUCACUGUGAAGUUUUUAACAAGGAAGGCGCGGCGAGGAAAAAUUUCCGGGUGAAAGUGAUUAAUCGAAUGAGAAGGCCACCGAUUAUCGUGCCUAACAUUUUGAACAAUCAAUCCGUAAAACAUUCCUCUUAGUUCAUUUUUAAUUAAUGACUUCAGGUUAAUGUCAAUGACACCGCCACGUUUAACUGCAAAGUUGUGUCCGAUCUUGUGCCCCACAUCAUGUGGGUGCGUCUUAACAAAGUAAACGGAUCUUACAGCUACUUCAAUGAAUCCGCCAAAGAAUACAUGUUCAAUUACACUGAGAUGGAACAUUUUGAUGUAUGACGGAUGUUCGCAUUCAUCAAAAAGACAAUAUUUCAGAAAGCACAUGUUCAUCACGUCGGUGAUGAAUCGACACUCACUAUUUUCAAUGUUUCGUUAGAUGAUCAAGGAGUCUACGCUUGUCUGAGUGGAAAUUCUCUCGGAACGGUGAGGGAAACGACACAGAUGAACAAAUCAAUUAAUAAAUUUUCAGGCAAUGGCAAAUGCAACGCUCACUGUGAAUGAGUUUAUGGCAAUUCACUUGCUAACAGGAGAUGAACCCAAACCCGACACUUGGAAUGCAAUGAACUUGUUCAUAGCAGCUCUGAGUGUCAUUUGCUUCAUAGUACUUCUGCUACUAAUAUUGUACAUGUACCUCUCUCGGUUCUAUAGUCUAAAAAAAGGAUUUCAAAUGGAUGAUACAGUCGGAUUGAUGGCAAAGAAGAAAAGAGUGGUUGUAAGCAAACGACUGGUCACGGAGGAAGACUACACUUCGGAUGAAGGACCGUCGCCUUACCAAAUUCAAAUCAUUGAAACUCCACUUACGAAAAAGGAAGCAGCAAAAAAACAGAGGAAACGAGUCGAUUCGGAGAACACGGUGCUUUCAGAAUAUGAAGUUGACUCUGAUCCUGUAUGGGAAGUCGACAGAUCAAGGUAAGGAAAUAUUGAUAAAAAUUGAGAAUGCGUUAACUUACAGACUAAGCCUGGUUCAUAUGCUUGGCGAAGGAGCAUUCGGAGAAGUUUGGAAGGCAACAUUGAAUGAGUCAGACCGCAAUGUAAGAAAGAAGCACAGAAAAAAACGAAAAUCUAAUAAUACUCUUUAAUUUCAUUUAGGAUUUGGCAGUUGCCGUCAAGAAACUGAAAAAAUCAGCGCACGAGAAAGAACUGAUCGAUUUAGUGAGCGAAAUGGAAACGUUCAAAGUUAUCGGACAGCACGAGAAUGUUCUUCGGCUGAUUGGAUGUUGCACGGGAGCCGGGCCCUUGUACGUGAUAGUCGAGUUAUGCAAAUAUGGAAAUCUGCGAGAUUUCCUACGUGCCCAUAGACCAAAGGAAGAGAAGCCGAAAAAGUCAAGCCAGGAACUGACCGACUAUUUGGAGCCCAGGAAAACGUCCGAGAAAGACGACAUUGUGAGUUUCAGCUCAUUUUAUUGCUACUCUAACAUUCAUUUAAUUUGUCCAGGAGCUCAUUCCGAACCUAACCCAACGUCAUCUGGUGCAAUUUGCUUGGCAAGUAGCUCAAGGAAUGAAUUUCUUGGCGAGCAAGAAAAUUGUUCAUCGAGAUCUAGCGGCUAGAAAUGUACUUGUUGGAGAUGGUCACAUCCUGAAGAUAUCUGAUUUUGGACUAUCACGAGACGUGCAUUGUAAUGAUUACUACAGGUUGAUUUAUAAAGAGAAGAUAAUCUCAAAGUACGGAUAAUUGUAGGAAAAAAGGAAACGGAAGACUUCCGAUCAAAUGGAUGGCUAUUGAAGCACUAGAUUCUCACGUCUACACCAUUCAAAGUGAUGUGUAAGUAAAGAACGAAGCUUUUUGAUAAAUUAGUUUUAAAAUUGUCACUUACAGAUGGUCGUAUGGUGUUUUACUAUGGGAAAUAAUGACUCUUGGUGGAACCCCGUACCCAACAAUUGCAAUGCCUGAACUUUUCAGCAAUCUUCAACAAGGAUACAGGUGAAAAGAAGGACAUAACACCUGUGUGAAACGUGCAUUUUAGAAUGGAACCUCCUCAUCUUUGUCCUCAAGAAGUCUAUGAUCUCAUGUGUAUUUGCUGGCGGGAGAAGUUGGAAGAACGGCCGUCGUUCAAAACUAUUGUGGAUUAUUUGGAUUGGAUGCUAACAAUGACCAAUGAGACAGUUGAUGGAUCGCAGGAGUUCAAUGUAAAACUAAACUGUAUCACCUCUUCCCAAUGAUUAUAGUUUCAGGAUCAAUUUUUCUCCGAACGCUCAACAGCUUCUGGACCAGUUUCUCCGAUCGAGUGUUUCCAGAAGAAAAGGAGACAUCGUCCUCUUUCAGCACCAGUAAAUCUUCCAUCUGAAGUGAAGAAAGUCUCGUUACACACCCAGUGACCUAGAAUUUCAGCCCCAACAUACAAUUUGUGAUGACUAUGACCCGAACCUUAUAGUCGGCAAUAAAGAAGACGAUCACUUGUACUGCAACGACCGAGUCCUCAAAGAUCACAUGAUGACUCCAGACACUUCCCAACGUACUCCAUCCAACAACAAUAACGAGUGUCCUCCACAACCUUCCCGUUUUUAGUGUUCAUCAACAAAGUGUUCGACGAGCCGAAUGCAAACGGGUAUGUCCGCCAAGAUAGGCUAGUCCGUGCUGUCAGCGGUGUCGCCAACCAGUCGCUCGACUCGGCCCUCGGUUCUCCGGCUUGGCCUCCCUACGAACGCCAUUCUAACAACAAAGCUUCUUGUUUAGGUUCGUUUUUCAGUUUAUUUAGUUCUGUUGGUCUCGUAAUCUUAUAUAAUCUCAUACUCGAGCUUGUCGAAAAUUUAUAGAAGACGAGAAGCGUCACUACUAUUACUCAUAGUAGUUCGAUUCUUUGGCUACUGCUGCUCGUCAGCUGUCAUUUAAGUCCAUUGUGGUAAUCAUGUCUUUAUGUUCUCGUCUUUUGUCCUCCGUGCUUAAAUUCGUGUCAGGGAAUUCAGGAUUAUCAACACUUCUUACAGAUUUGUCAGACGUCCUGACUAACCACGCAAACACACAAUCACAUAAAAACAUUCAUGUUUUCUAACCAAAUGAGAUGAAAAAUCCUUACAGACCCGAAUCACCAGUAUUACAACACAGCGCCUAAAAUUCAAUACCUCCACUUCACUUUUGAUGAAUCUGAAGAUAUGACUAGGUAAAUUCAGUUCAUAGUUUCCCAGCCAAACAAGUUUAUUUUUGCAGAUCUAGAGACUCAGCAAUAUUUGAAGAAUCCUACCAUCCGAACUACAUCCAGUCGCAUCCCCUUUAUUCGAAAAUCUUAAUAAAAAAGAACAUGUAAGCGUUCCCCAGAGACUCCAGAAAAGUGUCAUACGGCCGUUGUUUCAGGACGCCUCGCAACUCGUUGCCGACAAAAGAAACCAUUGUCUAA